AUGAAAUUUACAUUGUAUCCUAUGGGUGUGGGGUAUUUAUCAAUAUCAGCAGUCUGCACAGUGUUGAGCUUUAUAGGCCUCCAAUAUUGGACAGAAGUUUCUUAUGUGAAACUAAAGUCAGAUGGUUUGAUGGGUGAAAACCUUCUCCACCCUGGUGUUGCCAACCGUGUAUUGGAACUGUUGUUAAGUUCUUAUACCACAGUUGCAUUGGUGGUCAAUUUUGUCCUCAACAUUUUUAUACUCAUCAUCCUCUCUCUUAAGACAAUAUUUUUUGAUGAGCUGCAUGCAACUGAAUCUCGGAAAACGGUGGAGAGACUAGUUAAUUAUGUUAUCUACAAGGGAACAUUUCUUCCAUUGGUAGUACCACCAACAUUAGUUAGAGCAGGAUUGUGGUCAACAUGGUUGACUGUAUUAUGCUCUUUGAAGAUGUUUCAAGCUCUAGCUAGGGAUCGGCUUGAACGAUUGAAUGCAUCUCCUUCUGCAACUCCAUGGACUUACUUCCGUGUAUAUUGUGUUUUAUUGCUGGUUGUCAUUGUCGAUGCAGUCUGGAUAAGGACAUGUCUACUGAUCUACCAAACAAUACCAUCGUCUAUGUUUUUGUUAUUAUUCUUUGAGCCUCUGAGUAUUGCUUUCGAAACACUACAGGCGAUUUUGGUUCAUGGGUUUCAACUGGUUGAUAUAUGGGUUCACCACUCAGCAGGCAACACCACAAAUUCCAAAAUAUCAAAGCUUUUAGAUAUGUCGGCAGCAGGUUCACUGUGGGAGUGGAAGAGUGUUAUAUUAAGGAAUGUAGGGUUUUUCCUAGAUAUUAUGACUUUGUUAAUGGCUCUGGGUCAUUAUGUACAAAUAUGGCGCCUUCAUGGCAUGACAUUCCAUCUUGUUGAUGCAAUGCUUUUCUUAAAUAUACGCGCGUUGGUAAGUGCAGUUGCAAAGCGUACAAGAGGUUUUAUUAAGUUAAGAAUCGCUUUGGGAACCCUUCAUGGGGCUCUCCCUGAUGCAACAUCUGAAGAGAUACAAGCUUAUGAUGAUGAAUGUGCCAUUUGCCGGGAACCAAUGGCCAAGGCUAAGAAGCUCUCCUGUAACCAUCUUUUCCAUCUGUCCUGCCUUAGAUCCUGGUUGGACCAAGGGCUAAGCGACAACUACUCAUGCCCGACGUGUCGAAAACCCUUGUUUGUUGGCCGUGGCACACCUGAAGGAGGAAACAACAAUAAUAACAGUAAUAGUAACAGUAACAACAGUGUAGGUGUAGUAGGGAAUUCUGUAGAUGUUUCAGGAGAUGAACAGCUUGCACGUCAGUUAAGCCGUCAGCAAAGUGUUCCUGGUCCCACACUAGUUCCAAAUCAAAUUCAGAGCCCUUUAGAUCACCAUGAUGAUUGGAGGAGGUUAGAGGCGGAUUCAGGUUGGUUGGGGUUUGAUGGGGGGGCGGGUCCAUCGAGAUCUGUGGGUUUAGGAAGAGUCCAGAUGAUGAUGAGACACCUGGCAGCAGUUGGUGAAACGUAUGCCCAAACUGCCCUUGAAGAUGCUGCUUGGAACCUGUGGCCUGUAAAUCCCUCCCACUCUCAGGCCAGCACAUCUACAUCUACUUCUUCUUCAAACAAUCCAAAUCCUUCCACAAGUACUGUAAGACACCGAGGAGGAGGAGGACACACUGCUGGCGGUGGGUCCCUCAUCAGAACCACACCACCUCCACCUGUCCUGGAUGUUGACUUGUCAAACAUAAUCGCCAUGGCUGAAACCGUUCGUGAAGUCCUCCCCCAUGUCCCUGAUGAAUUAAUAUUACGGGAUUUGCAGCGAACAAAUUCGGUGUCUGUUACUGUGAAUAAUCUUCUUCAAAUGGAUAGUGACAGUGGAGGUGGUCAAGUGAGAUCCCGUUGCUUUUAUUGGGGUCUAGUGUUUCUUAUUUGGGAUUCGAGGAGAUUUAAAUCUCUUCUACCGUAUGGAACCGGGUACGGGUAUGGGUACGGUACCAUAUCACCUGGCCUCCACUACCCGACAAAACAUCACCACUUAAACAAGGCUCUCUUUGUCUACUCCUUUUCUUUUAAUGUAUAUUUCAUUGAAGUUGUUGAAAUCGUUUAA